AUGACCCAGUCGGGCGACAACACCGAGGUUUAUUCGUAUCUUUCACGACCUCGGGCUCCGCUCAAGUCAGACAUGAAGGCGUUUGCGGUAGUAAUGACCGACUCGCCGGCGAUCAAAUCGCACACCAUCGCGAAGGAUCUCUGCGUCCACAUCUGCGUGCCCAGCUGCAAACUCAAGGAGUUGCUCCUCAAGUCGAUACUAGUGCACUCACAGUUUAUCGAUAUCAAACACUGCGUUGCGCGUAAUUGCCGCAAGGCGCGGCCACUAGAUGAUACCCGUCCGGCAAACUUCACGUGGAACAUCCAUCGCGUGUGGUGGACAGGCCCAUUGAGUAUCGCGCGGAAUCAAAAGGAGGAAUUGAACAUGCCAAGUUUGGGCAUGAAGCAGAAGAUAAGCCGCAAAGGCCACUGCCCUGGUGCCAACGCCGUCGCUAUCUCAAAUGCUGCCAGGAAAUGUGCAUGCACCAGAACCUUCGUUCAUGACAGCGCAGUCUCGAAACUGUCUACGCCUUCGAGGCCCUCACGGCACGCCGGCUACGCUCACCAGCCCCAGAACUCCUCUCCCCUUGCGUCUUCCAUACCCUCUUCGCCGACAUCGUCCCCAGGAGCCGAAGCAUCUGCACGACGGCGUUCACAAUACAAGAGUCAUGCUCUAAGUUCGCCCACUGCCACACGCACGCGACGCCGCGUCACACUGGGUGACCUGUCCGCCCCGCGUUUCGGCCCAGAUGACACGCCCGCCAAGGCAGAGGAGGCACCCCGUAAGACUGUCCUGCGGGAGCGCUUGCGCGCACGGUGUUUAGAGCGCGCUCUUCGUGACAGAGAGCGCAAGAUCGCGGGCAGGCGCCACGCCCGGAGCGAGGCAAGCAGCGACGGGGACGAUGAUAUCAUGGAAGACGACGACGACGAUGAGGAGGAGGACGACGAGGCGGUGAUCAAUGACGAGCGUGGCACUGGCACUGACUGGCGGCGGCGGCGUACGCAGCUCUUUCGUCGGCUGAUUGCGAACGGGCGGCGGAAGCAGCAGCACCAAUAUCGGCUCUCGUACGCGUACGACGUCGGUUCCUCGUUCGACCCCGACAUGGAGGACAUCAAUGAGUGGGAGCAGGGUCCGCUCGACCCGCCACCGAUCAGCACCACGCCUGAGGACCUCGACGAAGAGGAGCUUGCAGCAUACGCAGAAGAAGCAGCGUUACUGGAGGAUCUUCGGCCUGAAGACCUCUACAGCCUCAGCGACCUAGACGCCUGGGAUGUGCCCGAGGCACCAUUGCCGCCACUGCCGCACGACAAGGGAAAGGGCAGGGAGCUCCCUCCGACGACGGACGGCGAUGUCGAUAUGACGACGUCGUGA